CCCCCCCCCCCCCCCCCCCUCAUCCUCCCUUAGCCGCUGGCGCCUUUCGCUUUCUGAACUGGUGAAGGCGUCCCCCCUUGUCUUCCUCACACUUCACUUCACACCUCAUCCCUGAUACAGCAAUGGGCCGCACAACAGCAACCCUCGUCGCCUCUCUUAACGCCAUCGCUUUCCUCGCAGGGCUCUUUUUCUUGGCGGUUGCCGCUGAACUCACUUUCACACAGGAUGUCUUUCACUAUAACCUCCCUCAAUGGCCGAGUGACGCCGGAAGCGGCAUUGUCGUCGUUGGCGCCGGGAUUAAUAAGUUUAUCAAAAUUGGAUUCUGGGUAGUUGGUGUGAUUCUUAUCCUCUCUUCGAUUACGGGAAUCGCAUUCUUGAUGUACCGCCGUCGCCGAAUCGAUUACAGCGCUAUCGCCUUCAACAUCCACUCCAUCUUCUCCACCCUCGCCGGUACAGUGACCCUCGGCGCCCUAGUAGGCGCCAUUCUCGCCAUAGUGCGCGCGGGCGACAUCCCAGACACCACAAACCCCUCCGGCGGCUCCACCUCCGCCAAAACGCGGUUCAUUCUCCUCGCCAUCAUCACCGGCGCCAUGUUUCUCAUCGUCGAAGUGGCGUAUUUCGCCGCACGGAGGAGGCAUAAGACCCAGUUAAGCAGGAAACAGGGCAUGAUAGUCGCCAACAACAGCGAGAUCAAUACCGGUUUACCCCCCGUGUCGGUAUCAGACGGGGCCUACUACGGCGCCGGCGCCCGUCCGCAACCCCUCCCGCCAGGGAUCGACAGCAUCGGCGCCAACGGCGUUCCCAAAAUGUCCAAAAAAACCGACGACGACCUCGACACUGUGACGCAGGGGGUAUAUCGGCAACAGCGACAGAACUACAGCAAACCCUAUUACCCGCCCGUCCCCGCCGUAGCCGAACGCCCCGACUACGCCUACGUCUCACCCCACGACCACAUGGCCGGCUACGCCCCCGCCCACCACGACACGGCCUACUACGCCCCCUCCACCGCAAUGGGCUACUCGGCCCCGGCCGCCGCCGCAGUCCCGCUCGCAGGUGGGGCCGCCUACGCCUCAUACGCCGCCCAUCAGCACCAACAGCCCUACGACACACCAUACCACCAGCAACAACAACAAACCUACAACCACCAAACAACAGCCUACCCAGACUACGACUACAACUCCGGCUCGGAACGCUACGACCACCCCUACCCCCACCUCCUCUCCCAGCCGCAGGCUGCCUCCCCGCCCCGAUCGCAGGACGCCCCCACCGCAUUGGACGGCUCCUACACCGCCGACAACAACAACAACCACGAAGCGUCCCGAACGAAACAGGCCUACGACAACACCACCCCCGCGGCAGACCACCAUUCAGCCUACGCCGACAACACGUACUACCGCGCCGAUCCAUCCGGCGAAUACCCCUGCGGCGCAUCACCCCCCCUCCCGCCCUCGUCAUCGGCCCAGCAGCAUGUCGGCGGGUACUACGACGACGAGAGCGUGUCGUACGGGUACGGGAACCGGCGGGACACGUUGGGGUUCGAGGCGAGAGCGAUGGCGAAGGCGUCCGCGGUCGGCACCGAGACCGAGAACUCGGCCGUCUCGGCGUAUGCAGGCAGCUUUUAUCAGGUGCCGCCACCCGGGACGAUGCCCCCGGGGCGGUGAAACGAGCGAGCGCUGGUGUGUGGCACUUGAUGGUGUCGGUGCGGCUGGUCCGAACCCCCCCCCCCCCCCCACCCUCU